AUGUCCUACAGACAGAGGCAACAGCAGCAGUACCUAGUGCUGAAGCAGAAAUACGUUGGAUUGGGUAAAGAGAACACAACACAGGAGGAAUGGCAGACCAAUGUCCACAGGGAUACUUACAACACUCUACAAGGUCAUUCGGCUCUAUUAGAAUAUGUAACUCUGGCGAAAGGCGGCCUCAGCAAGCGUUCAGAGAAGAUACAGCUGAUCAAAAAGAUGGCUCAGACAACGACAUCUGUGCGGUCUGAAUAA